AUGUUUUCAGGAGCAUGUCUAAUUCAUCGAGAUGAAAACCUGUUUAAAUAUCUUUUGGAUUAUCUUCAUGGAGAAGUUCGGAUUCCUGGAGAUAAAUAAAUUCGAACUGCAGUGCAGGAGGAAGCAGAUUAUUUUGGAAUCCCUUAUCCAUACAGUUGUCUGUCUGAUCAUUUGGCCAAUGAAAUGGAGACAUACACUUCAAGGUCCAAUAUAGAGCUUAAAAAGGCUUUGUUGGAUUUCUGUGAUUCUUACCAUUUAGUUUGUACCAAGCCUACAGUUUGGGUCCUUCACUAUCUCAACACUUCUGGAGCAAGCUGUGCAAGUAAAAUUAUUGGUGUGUAUGCUACAAGACCUGAUGGGGCUGAUGCAAUUAAUAAGGCACUAGAAAUGAAAAUUCAUAGUAAAAGCAUGUACAAAAGAGAAGCUGGAAAUAACAUCCAAUACAUCUGGAGCUAUUACUCAGUAGCUGAGCUGAAAAAGAUGAUGGAUGCUUUUGAUGCCUGGGAAGGGAGAGGUGUCAGCUACUGGAGAGUGCCUCAGGAGCUGUCUGAAUGUUGGAUUCUGGAAGAACACCCUCUGAGAGGCAGUUUGCAUCAUAUGCCUCCAGUUUAUAAAAGACGAUUAAUUGACUCUACUGAAGUGGAAGGCUGUUUACCAUGUAAAGUGGGUCCCCAGCCAAUUAGAUUCUCAGGUCCUUCAACAAGUACCCACAUAAAAGUCAAGAACUCAUCUUCAUUAAAGGUAGCUGCUUGCAAUACUUCACAUUCUGCAGCAAUUCUUAAACGACCCCGUAGUGAAAGCCUGAUGCUGCACAAAGAAGCUUCUGGAACCACAUCCACAACACGCACAUCAGUGGCCAGCCAGUCCCAGGCUCCCUGUGGAAGGCAGAGUGCUGGCAAUGGGACACUGAGCCAAACGCCAUUCCCAGGUGCAGGGAGCAAGAGGCCAGGGAAGAACCGCGCAGUGAGGCUGAGCAGGACUCUGCUUGUUCUUGUGACACCAUCUCUGCCACCUCCCUGUGCAUCCAGUGGAACAAGUCCACAGGACAGUGUUGCUGGAGAAAUGCCUACUCCUUGUCCAGUACUGAACAAGAAAGAACCAGCUCUAUUAGCUGUUAAGAGUGAUGAAGUGGAUGGAUAAUGUUUGACUCAGUCUGAUAGACUGGACAGCUCUGCAUUAUAGAGAUCAUUACCUCAUGUAAUCCUUUAUUCAAAAAUUAGGAGAAAAUUUUGAUGAAAAAGAUAAUGA